AUGCGUUUACACAGCUCUCAGGCAUUAACUCUCUUACUAUUGGUGCACUCCGUCGACAAAGUCGUUGGACUGGACUUGUCUCAGUGUUUCAGCGACAUCACGACGAAUGCAAGUCUUACCAAUAAUUUAGUUGGCCUCCUCGAUAGCAACGGUUAUCCCGUGUCGAAUAUUUCCGACGCGGCAGCGAUCAGCUACUCGCUGUGCACCUCUGUCUGUGGGAACACGCGGGAUUUCCAGUGGCUUGCACUUUCGCAAGAUUUCAGUUCGUGGCUACUGCCAUAUCUUGCAUUGAUUUCGCAGCUCCCCUUUGGGGCACAGUACAGGUCUGAUGAUAUCAUGUCUGCUAUUUUGACCGUCGGCUCACCAGUACUUGCUGGUUACUCUCUAUUCGUCACCCUCCUCAAUUCUCGCUGGAUCAAUCACCGAUUUCGUCAAUUGCCGGUGAAAUAUCCCAAUUCACAUUUCGCACUCUCCAUUGUCAGCAGCCUUCAGCAAGUCCCGCUAGAUCUGCAUUCCAUUGACUUCGCCUCUCUUGUUGUCCUUCCGGAAAACGACUGCUGGUGGAAAAUUUUAUCUCAGCAGAUGAACUACACUCAUAAGUGGUCAGCUGCGUCCGCAACCUCCAUUGCCUGGGUCAUUAUCGCCUAUAUCCUGUCUAUAGCCAAUUCACCGUCAAAUGCUUUUACAAGCACUCAGGCCGACGGUGGAGCCACUGGUUCAAUGUGGCUAUGGUUGGUUCCAAUAGUAGCUGGAUGGCUGGUACUAUCCCCGAAAUGCGAUUUCAAUCGCUUACAAGCAGCUUAUGAUCGUGCCGACGAACAUGCGCACACGGAAUCGACAAAUGUUCCUGCUGGAACCUCCACCCAAAGAGCUUUAACCAUAACUGCUCAGGAUCAUGAAGUGAUGUCUCCAGACGAACUCCUCACUCCUCCGGUGUUUAAUUACUCGCGCUCGUUGCCAUGGGCAAACACAGCAGACACAAUGUUCCAGGUGUUCGAAGCGGCAUCAGAGAAGGUUCGAAACCGUAUUCCCGUCAAUAAACCCGACGAGGAUGGUGUGUGGGCCAGCGAUUUAAGAUCUGCUAUCCACCCCGACAACCGACGUGGGACUCAUGAGCAAAUCAGAGCGUAUUGUGCGAUAACUGCGCAGCGCAGCCACUGGGUGCCUGGAGUGUUCACAAGAAUGGCUUUCGCGUCAUGUGUUUCGCUUGCGUUACAAUGGGGAACAGUUGGAGGAGCGAUUAUAAUAGAGUGGUUCACCCCUACGACAGGCAUGGGGUGUCGAUCUCUGAGUUACUUUAUUUAUGGAGCCGUAUCGACUAUCAUUUGGAUGAUGCUCCUGAUCUCCAGUAUUCUCGCCCACUAUUCUGCAGCUUAUUCCAAUCGAAAACCAUCGUCUGCACGAGAAUCACCGCCUCGACAAGAACCACUGUCUGCACGUGUUUCUCUGGCACUCUGGCACUGCCUACGAAGGAUGGGCAAACUGCUGGCCAUUACAAAUUCCGGCUGGGUGAUCACGACAUGCAUUCUCCAGUAUUCCGACAUCUACGAUACAUGCUUCUGCAAUUCCAGCAUGCUUAGUAGGGGGGCUGCUGCAUACAUCACGAUCUUCGAAACCUCAGCCCAAGCUGCAUUGGCCAAGAGUGCCUGGUUCGGUGCCCUUUCCCUAGCGUGUGGCUCUGCGUUAGCUUUCUUCGUCAUAGUGGGUCUUUUGGUGGAUACUAUUCCGACAGAACCAUCGUUGUAA